AUCGAACUGUUACUCAAAAACAACAAAGAUAUAUAAUUACACCUAAUGAAGCAAGACAUAAUAGCCCCCUUAUUUUCUUCAUUAGUUGACAACCACGAAUUCAAAGGGAAAACGUUUUAUAAAAAAGUAAAAGAGAGAGUUUCAUUUACAUAUUAUGAUUCACAGAAGUUUACGCUUCAUUCGUGUUUGCGAUAUCAAGAACAACGAUUAUCUACCGGUUCGCGAUAAAGUGUGCCAUGAAGUUCCUUCUCAUUUGUGCUAUUAGUACAAUAUUUUAUUACCACUGUACUGGUGUAUUUUUAAAAAAUGAGACAAUUGAACGAACAAUUCAAAAUAAUCCUGCAAUUUGGACUGAACAAGGUGUGUGGGGAAGUUUGUUGGAAGAAUGGGCUUUAAGCGGAAAUCGCAGAGAAAAGAGGGUAAUGCAACUACCUCCAGCAAAAGAUGCUUUUGUUGUGGAUGAAGCAACUGAUAAUGCCAAUGGGGACGACAGACAGAGUAAAAUAACUCCAGGCAAAAUCGUGUCGAACGGUCCCCAAAAACCACCCGGUCGACAAGUAUCCGAAACCGACUUAUAUUUAUUGGGAGCAAUAGAAAAGUUGGUAUACCGAGUAGACUUCAUGGAAAAACGACUACGAAGAGUGGAAGAAAUGUUGUAUUUCGUUAUGGCCGGUAACCGGGUUGACCACGAACCCUGUCCUGCUAAUUUCACAAGAGUGGCCUCCACCUGUUACUUUUUCUACGGUUCAGCUGGAAGGGAAUAUGACUGGAAAGCUGCAAGUACGCAGUGUAAACGUGUUGGUGCCGUAUUGGCCGAACUCGAAACAAUUGAAGAAAAUCAAGAUGUUAUUGCUUAUAUACAAAGCAAUGCAUUUUUGAGAGGAAAAGAUUUCUGGACUGGUGGCUUAAAUCCAGGUCUUUUGUGGAUCUGGAGCAACAGUGCUCGUCCAGUUGCAUCGCCAGGUAACAAUAAUAACAAGAAUCCAUCGUUCAACAUAAAAGGCGAAGGACGCUGCCUGCGACUAGCUUACGACCCUGCGUUACGUUCGUACACGUACAAAGGAACCGACUGCUCGGUUCGUUACGGAUACAUAUGUGAACUCCCAGAAACUUCUUCCAGUAAUGAAAUUAAAAGGUUAGGGCGCAGCAGGAAAAUUUUAGAUGAAUUAUGAAACAAAAACUAUCAAGGAAUUAACACUUUAAUAUGUUAACUGUACAUAGUUUUAUAAUGUGUAACAUUUAUGCACCAUGACAAGCAUGUACUUUAAGAACGAACCUAACAAUAAAUAACUUUAAAAAUAA